AUGAGCCAGAAGCCUAUCGAAGUAGGCGAAAUCACCGUGUAUCAGGUACCAGGCACUGCUAUUCCCAUCGUUCAUCGCGUUAUUGAGACGCGCGAAACAAAAAAUCGCGGUCAGCUUCUUUUAACCAAGGGUGAUAACAAUUAUGAUGAUGAUAUCAUGUUAUAUAAUGGCCCUAGAUGGAUCCGUGAUGAUCAGAUCGUUGGUCGAGUUCAAGGAUUCUUGCCCUAUGCUGGCUAUGUAACAAUUUUACUCAACGACUAUCCCAUGAUGAAAUAUGUGGUGCUCGGUCUGUUAGGAAUCUCACUCUUUUUCGAACGUGAAUAA